AUGGGCUGGGGGACACGCAUGCAGGCACACGCACCCCACCGCGGGGUUCGGGGAGCGCCGCCGGCCUGCUCAGCGGCGAGCACCGAGGGGCGAGGGCGGCGCAGGGAAGGGGCGGGGGAGCCGGAGGCAGGGGGAGGGAGAGAGUCCGGCUCCCGCAACGAGGGGAGGAGGAAGGAGGGACCGUGUCGGUGGGAUGGGAGAAGCUGUGGACUCAUUCCUUCUCCCCGACUCCGCGCUCGCAACUUCCCCGGCAACCUUCGGGCACACGGGCGCCGGCCGGAGCCCGUGGGAGACGAGAGGAGCCGCAGCAGCCGGCACCUGCCGCAGCCACCUGCCCCGGCCCGGCCCGUCUCAGCACAGCGCCUGUCGCCGAGCGAGGCUGCCUUCCAAGGAUUCCCAGUCUCUGUGCAUGUGAGGUGUGAAGGUGGGCAGGACCCCAAGCAACAAAUCAUGGAUUUUGUUAUGAAACAAGCUCUAGGAGGGGCAACCAAAGACAUGGGAAAGAUGCUGGGUGGGGAUGAGGAGAAAGACCCAGAUGCCGCUAAGAAAGAAGAGGAACGACAGGAAGCCCUUCGGCAACAAGAGGAAGAGAGGAAAGCCAAAUAUGCCAAGAUGGAGGCUGAAAGAGAAGUUAUGAGACAAGGGAUUCGAGACAAGGGAGCAGGAAAACUGGACCAACAGCAAUCUGAUGUAGAGCAAGAAGGGAAAAUGCAAAGUCCUGCCCAUGGAAAGGAAAAAAAUUCACACACUGUGGGUGACAAGCAGCUGGACUGCAGCACUGCACAGAAGGACCUGGGGGUCCUGGUGGACAGCAAGCUGACCAUGAGCCUGCAGGGGACCCUCAGGGUGGCUCAAGGAGAAAAGCUGCCAGCCGGCUGAAGACAGAAUGCCUCCUCACCAAGUUUAUCUGGUGACCGACA